CGCAGGCGGCCGGGGAAGCUCGGAGAGCGGACGGCGGUGCGAGCGCUCGGCCCCGGGCUGCGGGAGCCGGACACCGCGGCGGCGGCGGCUGCUGCUGCUGUAGGAGCAGCCCAGGGGACACCGCCCCUGCCGGUGCUCUGCCUCAGCCCAUCGCUGCUCCCCCGGGGCCGUGCGGACUCUGCUCCGUGAAGUGUCACGAUGUCUGACCGAAAGGCAGUGAUCAAGAACGCAGACAUGUCUGAGGACAUGCAACAGGAUGCUGUUGACUGCGCCACACAGGCUAUGGAAAAGUACAACAUAGAGAAGGACAUUGCUGCUUAUAUCAAGAAGGAAUUUGACAAGAAAUAUAAUCCUACCUGGCAUUGUAUCGUGGGCCGAAAUUUUGGCAGCUACGUCACACACGAGACAAAGCACUUCAUCUAUUUUUACUUGGGUCAAGUUGCAAUCCUCCUCUUCAAGUCAGGCUAGGUGGCUGUAGUAAAGGUGUCAGUGGUGGCAGCAGCGAUGGCAAGCAGGCGGCGUUGCUGGGACUGUUUUGCACUGGGGCCAGCAUCAGAAUGUCCUCUCCAAUGGCUGUGCUACUGCAUGGACUGUAUACUCGAUUUCAUGUGUAUGUCGCAGUAAACAAAACCAAACUUCUUUCUGUUUAGUUGCCUGGGAAGAAGGCUGCUUUACAUUUAUUUUUCAAGACUUAAAAAACAUUUUUUGGGUUGUAUUGCACUAGGAAAUUUGGUAAACCCCCCUACUCCUUUUUCUCAUUCUCUCCCUAUACAGAAUAAGAAGCCCUCAACAAAGCCCAAAAAACUAAGAGGGCUGAGGAAAAGAAAUAGGUCUCUGGAGGUGGAACUAAAACUGUGCAGCUGCCUCUUCUGAUGGUGGAUGCUGCUUUGGGAGAAGCAGGGAGGUUCUGAGGGGACAGUGUUAGGAGUGGCAAGGAGAGAAGGAUAGAAAGGAGAGUGAGGGGAUUGAUCUAGUACCAGGGAGAAUAUUCCACUGAACUGUGAUUUUAUGGCUUGGGGCAGAGGGUGGGUUGGGGGUGGGUUCCUAAGGGGCCCUGCGAUGUGUCUGUGGUGUGUGGGAGUGUGGAGCAGACUUGUCUUGCUGUGUUUGUCAGGAUUUCUUAGUAAGGGCUGUGUCUAUGGAUUACCUUUUUGAUUCUUUUUAGCACAGAGAUGUGCUAGGAAGAUACUGGAAGUAGAAUUAGCUUGACUUUUUUUGUUUUACAUUCUUCUCUCCUGUCUGCUCCUUGCUUCGCCCUUGAUUUUCUCAUUCCUCUGAAGUUCUCUUAGAACAGCCCCUGUUGUUAGUUGGCUGGCAAGGGAAUUUCUGGUGAGUGUAAUUCCUUAGUUAGGUCUUAGCAAUCAAACCAAAUCAAUGUCUCCCUUGAUUCUCCUUUGUGUUGUAUGUGUGUGUAUGUGUGUAUGUGUGGGUUUGGGGGGAGGGGGCAAGACAGGUGGAAUCUCUAGAGGGUGUAUGGUAGUAGGAAGCACAGUGCUAAGUGGGCCUUUAUGUUAAACACAUCUGGGAGUGUCUGUUGUGGGGGUGAGGACAAGUGUCACCUUCUCCUCAGUCAUUUAGCCCAGACGCUAGUUGCCCUCUGGCUGCUCCCUGAGAAGGCUUUACAAGGCCACCCAGGACAAGAUGACCAUGCCAUUGACUGUCCUGGAGCUAGGUCCCAGUGAAGGGGGGAGUGACUUUGGACAGUUGCAGCCUCCAGUGGGAGGGAAGGAUGGAAAUGAUAAAGAGCCAAGAGGGACUUUGGUGGAACUUUGGAGGUCAGUUUGCAGUGGUAUAGUUCAGACAACAGGAGAUGAAGUAAGAUAGUGUGAGCAAGAGGAGAUUCCAGGGAGGAUGCAGGGGAAAUCUUGUCUGAUGACAUAGGAAUGGGGUGGGGGUGGGGUGGGGUGAUCAUUGCUGAUAGAGCUGCUGAUUCUCAUGACUCAUUCAAAACUCCUGUGUAGGGUUGACACUGGGGGAGGGUGGGCUGUCCAGCUCUUUUUAUUAUUUUUUUCAGUCCAUUCUUGGAGCUAGUGGGAAGAAAGAGAACAUUUCCUCCCCAAGCCCUUAGUGUGCGCCGAGCUUUCUUUUCAGUGAUGGGGGAGGGCAGAAACUGGGGUGGUGACUGAGUUCUCUGUGUGAAACUGUUUAGCGAGUACAAGACUGUUUGAUUUUAGGUUUUAUUUUUUUUAUGAAUGUCCAAAUCUGUGUUUCUUCCUGCCCUUCCAGACUUUGUGUGGCCAUUGAAAGUGUCUGGUUUGUGUUCAUCUCCCUCAUUUCUGGAGCAGGGACUGAGCCCCUGCCAUAUCUCCUAUGCUCUGCAUCCAUGCCUCUUUUGGACAUUAAAGGUUGAUUGAUUCA